AUGGUAGACCAAUCUUUACUGAUAUACACUCGCCAUUAUCUCGCUCGAGAUUAUCUUCUGGGCCCGUUGCCCAAAGAACUUUGUCGUCUUAAUCCCAUCGACCCAAUCACCGAUAUCCGUGAGCCCUUCGCUUUCUCACCUAGCGAUGAUCUUGACGAUGUACCGCCAGACAUCGAUCAGCGAGAAAAACUUAUACUCAACCACGAAACUGCAGUUUACCUCUCUUCUAUUAUAAGAGCUCCUGACGAAAACCGAAACCCUCUCUUAGAAGAUUUCAGAUGGUCUGUCAAGCUCCGUAUCGAAGAGCCAUCAGUACCAGAGCAAGAAAGAAAACGGGUACAUAGAGUCAGUGAGGAUGUCUUGGGGUUUAAGCACUACCCAGUAGGCAGCGGCGGAGACUCGGGAAUUGAAUGGGAAAGGGAGGUGAGAUACCAGGUGCUGGAUUAUGUGCGAGGCAUUGAGGCGGAAAAAAUGGUCCUCGGAUCUGAGGUUCUGGAGUUUCUACAGAGUAUUCAUAGGCCUGAGAAACCACCUUCUACUACGGACAUGAUACAACAGGAAUUGUUGUACUGCAAGCCAACAAAUUCACGUCUCAUGACCCCGCCACUUCUUCCUAUAUUACCUAUCAUCACCCCUUCACCUAUAAAGCUCUCCUCGACUCUAGACCUCAAACCAAUUGACGGCGGUGAAACCGCACUCCUAAUCGCCGACCUUACCGCACCAUUUAUAGCUGCGGACUCACUCCUCGACCAACCAUGUUCGGAGUCCCCUUCUAACUUCCUCCUGACAACACCACCGAUGGAGUCUCCAGUUAGGAAGCUCCCACGCACAGAAACGCUACUCGUAGAAGCUCUCAUUACACCCCCCGCAUCCACGGUUAAGAAAGUCCGCUUUGCAGAUCUGCCGCUGCCACCACGAAUAAGCACACCCCCGGGGGAGGCGUUAGAGGAUUCCCUGGAUAUGGAGAUACUAUCACGCGUGAGCCAAGAACUUGCUCAGGAACAGCUACAGGAAGCCGAUUCCACGCUUAGGAUGAAUGUUCCGUUUGUUGGCCUCUCGUUACCAGUGCUGCCUUGGGAUAAGGCAGGGGAUGGACUAGAAAGAUUAAGGGAUCUUAAAACAUGGGCAGGUAUUGCAUCAAGGAAAUGGGGUGGAGCGGCGGGCGUGGGGGUAGACCUCUCAUGGCGGCCCUUUGCAAGGAGUGCUGUCAAGGUUCCAACUGAGGAUUUGGGGAAUGGGGAGGUUGUAGAUGAGGUUAGAAUAAUACCGGGUGAUAUAGAGGCUAUAGAGAGUGGACUCGUAGAGGGCUUGAGGACUAUAGGGCUUGCAAAGCAUGGAGACAAGGAAUAUGAAUUGGAGGCGGGGGUUUUCGCGGUGAAAACAGAUAUGGAGACUUUGCUGAGGAACAAGAAGCGGAAGGCGCCCAAGGUUCAGAAACUGACACAGUCUGUAGCAACUGGUAAAAAUGGAGUUGGGACUAUAAGGAAACUGGAUGGGGAGGCGCCGCUAUUUGCUAAUCCUUUAGAUACGUUCAUGGCACUACGCUCACGAGUUUCAAAGAAGCCCAGAUUAUCCUCUGAAGAAGUACCGCGAACGAUCGCGAUACAAGGAGCUCAGGAGCAAGAAAAGAUUCCAUCAAGAAAUAUAGCCACGCCUGCUCCAAUAACUGAAGCUCCUGCCUUCCCUCGGCCUCAGAUUCACCUUCCAUCAUCUCCUGGUGUUUUCAUCGCCUCGACUACUCUUCUUUCUCAAAGACGUCUUUUCCGCCUAAUACGUGAUCUCUACCCUACUGCAACCGUCAUAGAACGGGACUUCACGGUUCCCAUCAUUGACCAUUUUGCUGGCAUUCCGUCUUCUCACAAAGACUCGGUAGAAGCGGACUUGAUACUUUCCACAUUCUGUGGCCUCAUAUUUACAAGCCUACAGAAGAUCCGACAGGCUCCAAUGCCGGGACAGGUUCUGAACACAACCAGACAACGUGUGUUAGAUGUUUCUCUGCUAUAUGAGCGGCUCUUUGUGAUAGUUCUUGGUACUAUAUACGGGAGGAGCGACUCAGAAACUAUCGCAGGCUUCGUUGGAUUUGCGGCUAGUCUACGGGCGGGCGUGAAUAUACGGGUUUUGAGAGAAGACGAUGAUGUGGUUGCGAGAUGGGUGGUAUCAACGAUGAUCAAGGAGGGUGAUGAAGGAAAACUGUUGGAGGAUGAAACUCUAUGGGAAAGGUUUUUAAGAAAAGCUGGAUUUAACGCAUUUGCUGCACAGGUUGUAUUGAGACAUUGCAGAGAUGGUGGGUUAAGGGCGUUCUUGUGCAUGAGCAGUGAUGAGAAACGGAUGGCUUUCAGUGGGGUUGUAGGUGAGAGAGUGAUGGAGAGGGUGCUAGAGAGGCUGGAGAGUGAGUGGGAUACUAACACGUAG